UAAGUUCUCCCUUUCACAGUUGGGCUGCCUGUGUUCGGAGUGAUUUGAUAAGAUGGCUCUAAUCAAGUUUGCUCCUCUCAGUAUACCUCUUCACCGUCGUUUGGAGACGGCUGCUGUGGCAUUGUACUACUAYUCUUUCUAUUUUGGGUCAUUAAUUGGACUCCUUAUGAUAAUUGGGCUACUAUGUACCUCCUUCUAUCCGAUUGCUCUUUUGUAUUUGGCCUGGGCGUAUGUUUUCGAUUCUGGCACGCCAAGCCAUGGAGGAAGAAGGUCCAAAUACAUGCGAAAGCUAAAAGUGUGGCAAUAUUUUAGGGACUAUUUUCCUAUAUCUCUCGUGAAGACAGCAGAGCUAGACCCCCAAAAGAACUACAUUUUUGGUUAUCAUCCACACGGGAUAUUGUGUGCGGGAGCAUUUUGCAAUUUUGCUACAGAGGCAACAAAUUUUAGUGAAGUCUUUCCUGGAAUAACUCCUCAUCUUUUACCUCUCAUGGCAUUGUUCAAGCCACCUUUGUUCAGAGACUAUAUUAUGAGUAGUGGCAUGUGUAAUGUCUCAAAAGAAAGCUGCAAGUAUGUGCUCUCUGAGAAGGGACCCGGGAAUUCUAUUGUAAUUGUGGUUGGAGGUGCAGAGGAAGCUCUAGAUGCUCACCCAGGAACAAAUGUAUUGUGCCUUAAACAGCGAUAUGGAUUUAUAAAAAUGGCCAUAAAAACAGGAUCCUCUUUAAUCCCAACAUAUGCUUUUGGAGAAAAUGAUGUAUUUUAUCAAGUCGGCAAUCCAAGAGGAUCGAUGCUGAGAAAAAUUCAAGCGAAGAUCCAAAAAAUGGUAGCCUUCGCCCCUUGUUUGUUUUAUGGUCGUGGCAUAUUUCAGUACACUUUUGGAGUCCUUCCGCACAGAAGACCUAUAAAUGUUGUUGUUGGAGCGCCAAUUGAUGUGGGAAAAUGUGAAAACCCAACAAUAGAACACGUUCAACGGCUUCAUGACAGUUAUGAAGAGAAACUAGUAGAGUUAUUUGAAACACAUAAAAUGAAGUAUGGUCUUACUGAAGAAGAUAAGCUUACUGUGUUGUAGAAUCGAUACGAAGAACCAACAAGUGUUAUCAUACUGGACUUGUCUAUCCUUAAUGCUCGAGUAGUACAAAUGAUUUAAUAAUCAAUAAAAGAUCAAUGAGUCAUAUUGA